CUCAUCUAACAAGUCAUCCCCAUAAACAAGCGUUUAUAGUCCCCGACAGUCUUGCCUCAUGUGAUCGCGUACUUGCGCCUAUUCCAACCGGCGACUAUCGCAGAGUCAGAAAUCGGAACCGAAGAAGGUGGCAAUAGUGAAUGCAUGUAUUAAUUUCCCCGGGUCCAACUGGCCCGCAUCCAGGCUGUCUGUCCGUAGGCUAGGUAUGCAUGUAAAGCGUCAGUGCUCGAGCGUUAGCGAGGCGAGACACAGCUAUUACAUAUACAGGGAACCGUUCGUCGAACGGAUAAUAUCGGUACAUGAUGUUAACCAUAUGCUAAUGAAUGAUAGCCCGUGUAUACGCGUUGAACAUGUUCCGCUUUGGCAGUAUUCCUCCUUGUGCGGGUCGUGUGCUAUAGGCACUGACAUAAUACCGGCAUAAUAACAGAGCUUUGCUGUAGCCGGGAAGUAAAAACACGAGGCGGGAUAGCGUGUCAAAUACACCGUACUAGCACUGUUGCCUCCGACCGCCAGAAUGGCCUUAUGGACGGUCAAACGCCAAGGGUCCUCCGCCGCUAAAACCGUUGUUUUCCGGACAUACGCGGGACUCUUAUUGGCCUACGCUUUGACGUUCUUCUUAUACUCGAUCACCAGCAAUGGAGGAUUGGAGACUAGAAAAGACGGUGGAGGAGUUGUGGGAGAGAGGUUGAGAGCUCCUAGGGAGUCGACAGAGCUGGAGGAGGCUGCCAACGAAACAGUGUCCACGGAACACUCAGCGGAGAUGCAGUCCAACUGCUCCCGGCCCUCGGUGGAGAACUUCCCGCAGGGAGUGUUCAGCAUGGACACGCUUCGCCACGGAGCCCUGGCUGUUGACGUUGUGGCGGUGGUCUACAUGUUCGGCGCCUUAGCCAUUGUGUGUGACAGCUAUUUCAUGCCUGCCUUGGAAAUUAUAUGCUCAGUGCUUCAUUUAUCGGAGGACGUCGCUGGAGCAACCUUCAUGGCGAUAGGCGGUUCCGCCCCAGAACUUUUUACCUCGAUAGUAGGUGUAUUUAUAAGUAAAGGAGACAUUGGGAUUGGAACAAUCUUGGGUUCAGCCGUGUUCAAUGUGCUCUUUGUCAUUGGUUUGUGUGGACUACUGGCCGGUAAGACCAUCUAUCUGACCUGCUGGCCUCUGACACGUGAUUCUUGCUGCUAUAUCAUGUCAAUCCUCGCCCUCGUUUUCGUGGUCAGCGAUGGUGUGGUCACGUGGGCGGAGUCCGCGGCAAUGCUGGUACUGUAUUGCAUGUACAUCGUCCUGAUGUACUUCAACCCACCCACCGAGAGGUACGUGGAUCGGAACAUGGCCAAGUGCCGGUGCCGACGGCUGGUGAUCGGCGAGUCGGGGCGGGCCGGCGGUGAGGGGCGUGGGGCCGCGAACCUGACGGAGCUGGCCAAUCUGAUGGAAGAGGGGGAGGAGUCAGAUGAGGAAGACGAGGAGGAGGUGCUUCACAUAGCCAAUGGCAACGGCAACAUCAGACGAGUUGAUAAAGAAAAAACAGAGACGGCCAGGCCUGAUCAGGAAGAAUCUCCCGCCAAACACGAGGAGGAUCCAAAAUCCCCCUUCGAAGUCCCGAAAGGGUGCCUCCAGACCUUCAGCUGGUGUCUGACUCUACCGGCCCUGCUGCUGUUCUACGUCACAAUCCCCGACUGCCGCAAGAAGGCGUGGGCCCGGUGGUACCCGCUCACCUUCCUACUUGCCCUCGUCUGGAUCGGGGGAUUGACCUACCUGCUGGUGUGGAUGGUAACAGUCAUCGGUUUUGCCUUACGAAUACCAGACACCGUGAUGGGACUAACGCUCCUUGCAGCAGGCUCCAGCGUUCCCGACCUCAUACUCAGCGUUAUCGCGGCUAGAGAAGGUUACGGGGACAUGGCAAUCUCGCACUCCAUUGGUAGCAACCUUUUUGAUAUCUUACUUGGCCUGGGUCUACCCUGGUUCCUGAGCUCCGUUGCGGUCCAGUCUGGAAGAUCCGUAGCAAUCCACAGUGGAGGCGUCGUCUACAUCACGGCGCUGUUGCUAGGUAACGUCGUCGCCAUGGUGCUCCUGAUCCGGCUAAGCGGCUUUCUGCUCAACAAGAAGCUUGGACUUCUGCUCAUUUUGCUGUAUGCGGCCUUCCUGGUCCUGUCUGUAUUUUUAGAGAUGAGUGCCGUAUUGGGAGUGAAUGAACUACCCGUCUGCGGCAUGUGAACGCUUCAUCAUGAUUGCGACUACUACGACACGCUUCACAACUUCAGAGGACAGUGCAAAACUGUGACACAAAAAUGAGUUUCUUGCCUAAACAGUCCUUUGGGAUCUUUUAAAUGAACAAUGUAAUGCCAUCACAACGACAAACACGACCAUAGUUACAUUGGAUGAUGAUCCUACCGUUGAUUUAUUGGUGGAGACGAAUCUUUUACAUCAUUACCCUACAAUGAACCCAAGAAACUUUGGGAGGAAAAACAGACGUAAGCCAUUAUGUUAUAUUAUGGCAUCACAAGAUAACACCGUUUCAUGGAAACACCUCGCCCCUUGAAAAUACCGUUUUCAAGGGGCGAGGAAACAAGGACGACGCAUACUGCUGAAGUCGGGGACACAACGGCGACGGAGUUGAAUAAAACGAUUUCAACCCUCAAACUCUGAAUACGGCUAUCAUGAACCGUUGUCAGUUUCACCCAGAACACACCAAACGAAAGUAAUCUCUACGGCGGGGACCAGGUCGAAACGGGGGGGGAGGGUCGAUAAGUGCUGCCCUUCUUUCUCCUCCUUGUAUACAAGUGGAAACCUGGUUUACUUAUGUGUAAAUUCUGAAGUAGGAACCGACCGACAGUCCACCAAGUAGCAUGGUUUUUUUUUCACGUUUCACGCUGUGGGUCUAUUCCGUGCUGCGCAAUAUGUAGCUAUGACGACACUGUAAUGAUUGAUACUGGAGUGCAUGCGCAGUGCUCACACAAAUGAUAAAUUGCAAAGCGAAUCGUGCCAACAUGGAUUGCCAAUAUGAGACCUGCACCCUUUUAGAAACGUUGACGUUGCUGAUUGCACUGAAUACAGUGACUGGGAUUCGCUUGUCGCCCAGCGCCUGAACAGUGCGCUGAGAGGGGCGGAUGCAUGGCCUUGCAUAGAUUUAAAUGAAGGAUAUGCGUCACACGGGGUCACAGCUAACGAUGCGCGGAGCAUUGUGGGUAAAUUUCUGUAAAUUGAUCAAGAUAACCAAUGAUUGAACUACAUGUACAUGUAUAUCGCCAAAAGACACGUGAUCAGUGAUACUUAGUAAGAAGAUAAAUUACGGUGAUUGUAUCAAGGCCAUGUUUUUAUCACACAAGCCGACACUUUCGCUUCUGCCAAAGCACUGCUAUUAGCUAAUGGAAAACUUACAUAACGCUUCGCUAACAGGAAGUGAUAACCUCGUGGUCGGAGGUCGUGCACUAAGUAGCCAAUCACAGUGCAAAGCCAUCAGCCCUUCCCAGCGCCCUGUUCAGGCGUUGCAGUGGGCGACAAACGAAUGACUGGGACAACGUGGCAGAUCCGCAUACCGUGCAAUUUGAACCUGGAAUGUGAAGGCUUGCCCCAGACAGGCGAGUUACUUAAUACGGCCGUUUCACAAUAGUGCGCCACCAAAAGUUUGCAAC